CGGACCCAACCAGUCUUAAUCAGUAUACGAAGAUCCUUUUUUUUUUCUCUCUCCUCUUUAGAGGUACAUUGGGUCUGUUCUUCCUUCCUCUCUCUUUCUCUUUCUAUCUCUCCCGUGUCAUCUUCAAGAUCAUGAAGUUCCUCCCGAUCCUGUUGCUUGUCAUAGCGAUCGUUUUCGCUGCCGAGGAGAAGAAGGAAGAAGAACGUCCUAAAACGUUUAGAAGACUCAUUCCAGCAGACGUUCUUCGCGAUUUUCCCGGUAUGUGCUUUGCCUCGACAAGAUGUGCUACCAUUGAACCAACAAAAUCUUGGGAACUGACACCAUUUUGUGGUCGUUCUACUUGCGUACCUGCUGAUGACAAUUCUGGUCGACUUUUCGAACUUGUCGAAGACUGUGGACCACUUCCAAAAGCCAAUCCGAAAUGCAAACUCUCAGAUAAAACUAAUAAAACCGCUGCAUUCCCUCAUUGUUGUCCCAUUUUCGAAUGCGAAGAAGGAGCAAAACUUGAAUAUCCAGAAAUUCCAACUUUACCACCGCCUACGGAAAUCGUAGAGACCGAAAGACCUUCAGAAGAAAUUCCGACAAAAGUUUAAA